CCGAAAAUGGCAGCUGCUUUGCAGCAUCAGUCCAGUUUGGACAGAAAUGAGGCGAAAACAACGCUGGAAAUAAAAACUAAAUCAGUUGAACAGACUCUAAUUCCCCUAGUGACACAGAUCACGACUCUGGUUAACCAUAAGGAGCGUGUGAAGAUCAGUGAGCGAACGGCGCGGGCGCUGGGGAAGGUUGGAGAGGCUGUGUACCAUGCGGUGGACCGGUUUGUCGUGGUGGGGUUGGCAAUCGGAGAUGAACACCCAGAGUUACGCUUGGAAAUGUGUGAGACAUGCCUUGAGGCUAGACAGGCUGGGAAUGCAAUACGUCAGCUGACCGCUUACAACAAUGUUAGUUUGGACAGCGGGCCAAAACCAUUCACCGAAAAACACCAGAUGGUUCGGGCGGCCAGAAAACUGCUCUCUGCAAUAACUAAAGUGCUGUUGAUAGCUGACAAAGUCAUUGUGAAACAGCUUAUUGUGGCAAAGGAUAAGGUAUUAUGUAGCCUUACAGAGAUAGAGACAAUGGAGAGUUUCACAGACUUUGUGAAGGCGUUCAGCACGUUUGGUAACAACAUGGUGGAGCUGGCUCACAUCACCGGGGACAGACAGAAUGACUUGAAGAGUGACCGCCAGAAGGCCCAGAUGGCCUCUGCCCGGGCUGUCCUGGAAAAAUCUACCAUGCUGCUGCUACCUUCAUGCAAAACAUGUUUACGUCACCCUGAGUGUCACUCGUCCAGACAGAAUCGUAAUGGUCUGUUCAUACAGAUGAAGCAGGCUCUGCACCUCAUACAUAAUGUGGCCACAGAUACAGGUUACCUGGCAAUCAGCAGCGGGAGUAUCUCGCCGACCAUGGUGAAUGGAGACUCUGGUAUUGUACUGGGAGGAUGUGGAAUCACUGCUCACAAGGCCAUCAAGGAUUAUGAGGACCAAGUGGAGAUGGUACGAGUGACGCACAUCAACACUUACUUUGCUGUCAAGCUGACGAGUGCCUUGGAGAGCGUGGUGGAGACGACCCAGGACUUUACCGACUCAGCCUACACGUCACAUGACCAGCGUGAACGUAUCGUUGAGAUUGUUGACUCACUACAGCAGGCCACGCAUGUUCUAAUAAAGACUGGAUCGCUUCAGAUGCACAAAGAUGUGUUGGCCAGCCAGGAGAUGGAGACUUGCAUACUGAAAGCUUUGGAGGUGGCUAAAACCCUUAGAAAACAGUUACAAGAGUCAGCCAUGGAGCAGGCGUCGGAGUUGUUCCGGUCCAGUGAAGACCAUGUGUUGUUACGGAGUCUGCAGGCUGCAGGGAUAGCAGGCGAGGUCGGCUCAGUAGAUGAACUAACUGUCAAGUUUGAGGAACACACGGAGCAGCUGGAAGAGGUGUGUAAGUUAUUCCGGCACAUUGCCACCACAGAGCCACUCGUAAUCACAGCUGAACACAAUGAGAUUAUCCUACGAUCCAUGGGACCACUGAUACUUCAUGCUGCGAGAACCUUAGCCCAGUAUCCCGGCAGUAAGAUAGCCAAGGAGAACCUCGAUCUGUUUGCGGACGGCUGGGAGGCUCAGAUCAACGACCUGUCUGUCUUGGUGAAGGAAGUAAAUGACUUCUGUCAAGGAAAGACAGACAGGCUGGUUUACCUAUCCCUGCCGAGACCGGGGGCUGCUAACAGUGGUUUGGGUAAACAUGGAACAACGUCAAAACUUGCGCGGCCAGGAAAAUUAGAUGCAGAGGAGCAGGCAAAGAUAGCAAAGCUAGGGCUUGAGAUGAAGUUGAUCACAUCGGAGAUGGACGCCGAGACCGACAAGUGGGAGGAGCCUGAUAAUGACAUCGUCAAACGUGCCAAAAACAUGUCAAGUAUGGCAUUCUCAAUGUACCUGUUCACACGAGGCGAGGGUCCCCUAAAGACCACUCAGGACCUGUUUGUCCAGGCUGAGUACUUUGCUGAGGAGGGGAAGAAACUUUAUAGGACUGUCAGAGACUUUGCCAAUAAGGUCCCAGCCUGUCCACAUAAAGAUGAACUGCUGGCUCACGUUGACAGGAUUCCAGGCUGCUGUCACUCACUGCUGUCCACACUUAAAGCCUCCACAUUUGGCAAGUCUGCUACAUUCAACAAGGUUGAUGGAACCAUACAAGAAACCAAGAACCUGAUGAACGCCAUCGCUAAAGUGGUCACCGUCUGCUUUGUGUGUGCAACCAAGUUCAAUAUAGACUAUAGAAGAUCACCAAGUGGUACAAUGUCAUGGAGAGGUCAGAGGUCAUUUGAAGGUCAGCCAAGGUCUUCCGAAUCAAGGUCAUAUGAUACACAGAGGUCAUAUGAUACACAGAGGUCUUUUGAGCAACAGAGAUCGUAUGAAGGUCAAAGGGUGUACGAGGAGAAGACAAGGUCAUUGGAUGGACAUACUAGACCAUAUGAUACACAGAGAUCAUUUGAAGGACAGAAUAGAUCCUAUGACUCCUCAAGAUCGUUUGAAACAUCAAGGUCGUAUGAAGGUCAAAGUCCAAGAGUAUUUGAAGGUCGAGGACAUUUAAGUGAUAGUGAUUCCAUGUAUAGUUCCCAGUCUGACUACUACAUGAGAUCGUCCUCAGAUAGAAUGGUCAGCAGUGGUACCAGCUAUGAGGCCUAAGCAUUUCAUUUUGUUGCCUUGAUAUUAAUAUAACUAUGCUUAAUAUAUAACACACUUGUUCGUUGUUUUUAAUACUAUUUGUAAAGGAUGUUGUUCAGUAGAUCUGGUUUUAAAUAAGCUAUCUGUACAAUUGUGCAUGUGCACCAUGUUUUUUGUAUGAAUAAGUAUUGAAUGUUGUACAUAUCAUACUUAGAAGAUUUUUCUACAUUUCCAUGUGCAAUAUCAAUGUUUUUAGUCUUUGACUUGAAUUAAUUGUCUUUGUAAUAAGGAACUGUUUCCUUUGUAUUUUGUUAGACUUAACUUUAGCUUGAUAUCUUUAGAAUAAAAGAUUAACUUCUCUGGUGUGAGAAAUCAACUUUUACAAUGCUGUAGCAAAUUGGGCUACAGGCUUUACUGUAAACAACACUAUCAGUAAAUGAAACCUGUGUCAGUGUACCGGUAGAUAAUGAAAUGUAGUUUAAAUGAUUGAGAAAUACCAAAAGUUAAUGAUAGUUUUUUUGAUAGCCGAUAAGACUGUUGGAAAUGAUUGUUCAAUAGCCUCAUGCCCAUUCUUGUCGUCAUUGGUGAUCAGGCUACUGUUAGUGUUGUACGCUGUUUUAUUAUUGGUUCCUAUGUAUCUUUCAAUCCCCAUUGAAUAAGCUUGGUGUUUAAGACUUGAUGUAUCCUUGACAUUAUUAACAACAGAGACUGAGAAUAUAGAGAAGAUGUCAUCCAUAGCUUGAGAUAACUCACUGGAUUUUUGAUAACUUACUUUAAGGGCUUGGUUCACAAAAGGUCAAAUUGGCUCAGUCUUUGUCCUAUUCAACUCUUGUUUAUUUUGGAAGAACAACCAAUAUUAUUUACCAAAUUAAAUUUUAUUUUUAUAUCAUUAUUCGGUUGCUAUGGCAACAAGUUUUUCAACGGGUAUUUUUUUUUGUUAUCCCGAAUAAUUGACAAGAAAUUAAACAUUGAUGACAAUAUAUUUUUAUUUAUCUAGCAUAACCGCAAUACAAGCUGACUCAUUUCUUGAUAACUCUUGAAAAAAAAUUAUAACUCUAUUGAAAUUGUACUCAGUUUUUUUUACCUCAAUUAUUUUUCCGCACCAUGUAUUUUUAUGUUCCACCCAUAAUUCCAAUACACCAUGGCUUUGUAAAUAAACCACCUCAUCUGUUAUUUAUCAGUUAGUGCAAUAUGAACAUUAUGUUUUAGAUUCUGUUGUAUUUGACUGUAUUGUGCCAGUAAUUCGUUGUUGAAGUCAGAAAGCCAUUGUUUAUUUAUAAGUUCGCUAGAAUUGUGAUAUUAGUUUCCAUUUACAUAGAUAGUCUGUGCUGAUAUUUUAUACUGCGGGUACUUUAUGUUUUUUUGCGUCAGUUUUUGUUGAAUUUUGGUCGAUUUUUUUUUAGUUUUUGUUUGUAGUGUUUUCAAACUAAUUUAGGAAUGGUAAAUGGCAGUGUUUAAAUAAUUUUCGUUAUACAAAGUUAAAUGUAUUAAAAAAUUGUUGUAUAUUUUGUACCAAGUUGACCAGUAAUAAUGAAAAAUAUUGGAUUGUAAAAUGGCAUUUGUUUACCGUAGAUGUCCUAUUAGACGAGCCAGGUGCACGUCUUUUCUGAAAACCCUGCUCGCUAAAUAAGAAACUGUUUUCUCCAUUCAAUCAACUGUUAAAUAUCCACUUAUGUGAUGAAUAGUCUUGCAUUGAGUUGUUUAUAUGAAAUAACGACAGCACAUGUCACAAACACCUAGACGGUAGUUGUAGUCCAAAGCUUGCAACUAAACAAUCAGCCAUCAGUAUCCAGUCACUAUCCACUACAGCAUGGCUGCAUACGCCCCCUUGUGUGUUAAUCAAUAAAAUGGUCUGCUGAACAUGUUGAAUUAAUAUAUGAAUACAGAACUUUGGGAAGAACAGUUAUGUUUUCCCCUGUUUUAAAUGUAGGUUGUGUUUAACCUAAAUUAAACAAUUAUAGGGUAUGGGUUUAUGCAUGUUGUCAGCAGUUUAAGCAGGUUUCUUAUGCGCUGUAAACAAAUGUUGCCAUUGUUAUGCUUUUAGCGGUAAGGUAAGCCUUGUUCCAAGUUGCAGAGUAAGAAAAUAGACCCAUUAAUAGAUCCCUAACGCAUCUUUUAAGGCAUGUGCGUCUAAUAGGACAUUUACGGUUUGUAUAUUUUGACCCAUUAUGUCUUAAUUAAGUUAGGGCUGUAAUUUUUUGUUUUGUCCUGCUCUUGCCACUCGAGCUCAGUUUGUCCUUGUUUUUGUGUGCAUUUAAAUAUUUAUUUAUUUAUUGAGAGAUAAAAGCGAUGUAGAGUUCUAAAUGACAUUGUAAUUACAAGCAGAUAGAACUCAUCACUUUCAUCGUCAGGGUCUGUAAUACAGAAUUAUUUUUUUUACGUAUUCCUCAUAAGCAACAAAUUCUGAAUUGUUUUGUACAUGGAGAUUACAACAUCUGAAAUAUUACCUCAGUUAAUGAAAUAUUAAUACAUAUUAUUCUUAGCUUGCUUCUGUAAUACGGCCCCUGUAUUCAAGUUUACCACAUUCCCCCAUAAAUAUAUACGUAAUACGUGGCUACUGUUAUCAUAUCUGAUUUGACUUAUCUUAAUCUGAUUUACAGACGAAAGGUAUUUUUAGUUUUAUUCUCAGGCUCACAGUUUCAGACAAAAAAAUAUUUAGGGCAAAAAAUUGUUUUAAAAAUAUUUCAGCUGUGAGUUUGAUUAUUUACCUCAAAGGUUUGUAUUUAAAAACAAUUGACAACAGAUGUACUUAAUGAGAAAUAUCUUGUCAAAUGGAAAGCGAAAAUAUAUUAUUGUGGAUGUUGUUUUUAACUUGAACAAAGUUCUGGACAAUUGACCGUAUAUGUGAAUUCAUUGCUUUUCCCUGCCUUUCCAUUUUCGGUGGGGUCAAGGUCAGUGUUACUUAUAUAGAAAAAUAGUUUCUGUUUCAAAUCAAUGGAAAGCGAAAUCAUGCUAUUGUAGGUGUUGUUUUUCAAUUAUAGGUUGUUAUAUUAUUCAAUGUAAUAGUUCCAUUUACAUAAAUUUGACUGAUUUACAUGUUAAAUUCCUUCAUUAUAGUUUUGUUCAUACCUUAAGCUUUUGUUUAAUUUUCCGUUGAAUUUGUUUUUUUCUAUAUUGUGCAUUUACUUCAGUCAAUGUGUUUGAUAUUCUCACAUGUUCCAUGUAUUUAAUCACCUGGCCCCGAUUUCUCAAAAUUUCUUAAAGCUGCACUCUCACAGAUUGACCACUUUAACAACUUUUUUUAUCUUGGAAAGAAUAAAUUUUUGCGUAAAUAUCUGCAAACCAACGAUAUAAGAUUGUUGACAAAAAAUCAGAUUGUACAUUGUCAUAUUUCCGUUCGAAAAUUAAUGGUUUAUGGCUUAAACUGUUACUAACGGUUUAAGAAAUGAAAUAUAAAAAUCUGCUAUCUGAUUUUUUGUCAGCAGUCUUAUAUUACUGGUUUCCAUGCAUUUUCCCAAAAAUUAGCUCGUUCCAAGACAAAAAAUAAAAAAGUAAGAACGUUCAAUCUGUGAGAUGCAGCUUUAAGUCCCUUUUAACAGGAUUAAGUUAAGCUCACUAUUUAUGGUUUACAAUAAAUUGCGUAAUAUUAAGUUCUUAAAGAGAUUUUAUACUUUGGAUAGGAUGUAUCAUUAGGAAAAGCACAUUAAACCAUUUUUUAUUUAUCAAGAUUCAAUUUAAGUAUGUAUUUUGGCAAAUUGAAAUAAGCUACUAAGUGAUUGGGAUUUUUUCCCUCGCCGGGUGAUAUGGCAUGUAUGCUACUUAAGCCUGUUAAACUUAAGAAGUUUCGAGAAAUUGGGGCCAGCAGGUUAAAAUAAUUAGAAUGUAUACCAGUAUAUAUACAUGUAAUAAACAGGGGUUCUCACUGCUGGUAAAUGAAUCCCCUCUUAACAAAGUGAAGUCUGAAUAUAAAUCACACGUGACACAGCAUUGUUAGGUAUAUAAAACAAAAA